GGCCACUUAUCUUCCUUAGCAUGGUAAGCAGGCAAUAUGGCCUAGUUUAAGACGUUUUACGUUCUUCUCAUUUGGCCCUGUCAAUGCACAUUGUUGAGGUCACUGCGUGGUCCUGAAUCGGUCAAGUAUGAAACAUGCACUGAUAGUCUCAAAAGUCCGCCGUAGGAGCUUGUUCAUGCCUGAGGCUGCACAAGCAGCUCCGAUAACAAACACCACUUUAACUCUAUCUCCUCCCCAUUCAUCAUCCCACUUGUUGCUUCUUCGGUGGUUCUUCAGUCCCAACUUCAUCCCUGAUUUCGUUGCGUGACAACUUAUUCCGACUGUUGUAGACAAACUCUCUCUUAGCUCCCCACUCUUUACCUUCAGGGGUUCUAUUUCUUCUCAACCACCCUCCCCUAUCCUGACGCCGAAACUCACUGCGGGGCUUCAACAUGGCGGACCGGCAGUCGGUGCAGCACAGCCUUAACAGUCUGCUCUCUAAACUGAGCGACCCUGACCCGGACAUGCGAUACAUGUCGCUAAAUGAUCUACUUGGCAUUUUAAAUAAUCCUAAUUCCACCUAUCUGGCUCACGACCAAGUCUCCUCAUCAAGACUGGCUGAGGGCUUGUUGAAGGCCUUGGAUGACCAACAUGGCGAUGUCCAGAACCAAGCCCUGAAAUGUCUUGGCCCUCUUGUCCUUCGACUGCCCUUCGAAAGCCUUGCAUCUCUCCUCGAAAAGCUCACAAACCUGACAGCCUCGCAAACCAUUGACACAUCCGUUCCGAAUACUGCUCUGAGAUACAUUGUGACAGCUCUACCUCGGCCGCAGCCGGGUCAGCCUCCAAGCCAGGAGGCGACAAUGGCAUAUUCGGCCGUCUCUCGCGUCCUCAUUCCCCGCUUGACUGGCCCGACUCCAUCCCCUACUAGUCGGCGUGGGUCGAUCGUCAAGGGCAUGUUAGAGAAGGAUCCGUCAAAGGGCUUCAGCAGUGAUGCUAUUGACGUACUCAUCCAGGUUGUCACUUGCUUUGGCCCCUUGCUGAAAGAGCCCGAAUUGACUGCCUUGCAAAACUCCGUCCUGUCUAUCGUUGAUAACGAUACAGCUGGCACCGUGGUCACGAAAAGGGCUCUGACGGCCAUAUCUGCCCUCGUGCUUCACUUCUCCGAUGCUCAACUUAGCGCUUUUGUCCAGGGGCUGGUCCAAAGAUUCAACUCCCCACAACUUAGUACAGUCCAUCAGCGUCACCUCAUUGCCACCGUCGGUGGUGUAGCGAAAAGUGCCCCGGCCAAGUUUGGUCCCCAUCUUCCUACACUAGCCCCCUAUGUCUUUGCUGCUGUUGGCGAGGAUAACUUAGCACAAUAGUCAACCGGAUCCCAAUAUCGCUUUCCGUAGGCUCGAUUGCGUGAGGGACAUGAUUUUGUGCUGGUAGUCCCAAGCUUUACUCCCAGAACGGCGGCUUCCCAUGUAAUUAGGACUCGCCUUAUAGACAUGAUGAGCCUUCCAGUUCUCUGGGUGCCAUGACCAUACCCUUAAUGAAAAGAAGAAAGCAAUGCAAUGCAGCGUCCCCCCAGUGCCCAUCAAUGGAGUUCCACAGCACUUCCUAGUCCUGGGAAUAGUAGUCGACAAGCUUUUCGUCCAGUCAAGUCAAUGAUCAAUGAGAUAGGUUAGCGU